GCUUUUGCUUUCCAGCUCUCAACCUUCUCCGCAAACCCGAAGUUUUCGACCAAAACAUGACAGACGGCACAAAUACCCCUUCAAAGAUUAAAUAUCAUUUUCAUGAUAUUGCCGCUCGCAUCAUACAAAAUAUUCGGAGCGAAACCGAAAGUGAAGCACACCAAAUUCUUCGAAGCUACCCUGGAAACGAGAACCCGACGGACGCGAGCCAAAACGCUGCCAAGAUCUAUGGUAUAAGCACACAAUCCUCCACGGGCGUCAUUUAUGUUAUGGAUCGAGCCACUGAGAGAGGAUUCACGUAUGGAAAUCCGGAAUGGGCAAAUUUCGGCCAAGGUGCUCCGGAAGUCGGCCAUAUCGAUGGUUGCAUGGACAAGCCCACUGAGAUUGCCAUCGACCAUUCUUCCCUAGAAUAUGCUCCAACAUCUGGUAUCAAACCUCUUCGGGAAGCCGUGGCUCGUUUGUACAACGACCUGUAUCGUCAAGAGAAGGAGUCGCAAUACACGUGGGAAAAUGUGUGUAUUGUUCCUGGUGGCAGAGCUGGUUUGACCCGUGUUGCAUCUGUCAUUGGUGACAUCGUUGUUGGUCACUUUUUACCAGAGUAUACCGCCUAUGAACAAAUGCUUGGCAUUUUCAAACGCUUCGUCCCUAUUCCUACUGUUCUUGAAGAGGAGGCCAAGUACCACAUUGAUCCUCAAACCGUUAAAAAAGAGAUCAUCGGUAGAGGUUUGGGUUUGAUUGUGGCAUCUAACCCUCGUAAUCCUGUAGGUCAGGUUAUUGAAGGUGAAGAGCUGAAGGAGAUGGUAGAAAUUGCCAGAAAGCGACACACUACUCUUGUCAUGGAUGAAUUUUAUUCCGCAUACAUUUAUUCACAUCCUUCUGAGCAAAAUGGGCGUACUGUCAGCAUUUCCGAAUUCGUAGAUGAUGUAGAUCAUGAUCCAGUCGUUAUCAUCGACGGAAUGACCAAAAACAUGAGACUACCAGGUUGGCGGGUCUGCUGGGUUGUAGGACCCAAGAGUGUGAUUACUUCCCUGGAAAGUAGUGGAUCCUUCCUUGAUGGCGGAGCAAACCAUCCUUUGCAGAAAGCGGCCAUUCCUCUUAUUGAGCCAUCCAAGUAUCGAAAUGAAGCCAAGUACUUGCAGCAGCACUUCAGAGCGAAGCGUGACUUCGUGCUCAAAAAUUUGAAAGAGAUCGGCUUCAACAUCAAGGUUCCGCCUGAAGCCACCUUUUAUAUCUGGCUCGAUGUUUCCGAGCUCCCGGAACCCAUCAACAAUGGGCUCGCUUUCUUUGAGGAAUGUCUCAAGGAGAAAGUUAUCCUAGUACCUGGUAUUUUCUUUGAUGUUAAUCCUGCCCAUCGCCGUGAGCUUUUCGAAUCUCCGUGUCAUCAUUUUGUCAGACUCUCGUUCGGGCCCGAGCAGAAGGAACUUGAAAAAGGACUAGCUGGCAUCAAACGCGUGGUGGACAAGUUCAAAAACGAAAAGAAAUGAUCAUCCUUCCACGGACUUUGAAACUGACAUCUAUCAUUUGCAAUAGGCUUGGCAAUAAUGUCUCAGUUGAAUCCCGAUCGUGUUCUUAUUUGAGACAUCAAUGGCUAAAUGCAAUGGGUAUUACCAAUAAAGCUGAAGUAUGAAGAACCGAUUGGAGGCAAAUGUGGGCCGUUCCAACUAGAAUG